AUGAACUGUUACCAGAACGAUACAGCUUAUGACUACAAAUACUGGUACAGACAAAUAAAAGGAGAGCUGGUGCUUGUUGGGAGCUAUAUUGUUUCCUCUUCCUCUAAUGAGAAAGGAUUUGAAACCAAUUUCACAGUGUCAAGUACAGAGAUUAAGAAGUGGACCCUGAAAGUGGAUGUUAAGGAGGGGAUUGAUGCUGUGUAUCUGUGUGCUGCUAGAUUACACGCAGAUUUCAGUGACGGUGUUCUGAUCACUCAAUGGCCGAAGUACAUAUCCAGGCUUUCAGGCUCCUCAGUUGAAAUGCAUUGUUACCAGAACGAUACAGAAUAUAACUACAAAUACUGGUACAGACAAAUAAAGGGUGAAGGACCAGUGCUUAUUGGGAGCAACGAUUUUAACUCUCCCUCUUAUGAGAAGGGGUUUGAGAAAGGCUUCACAAUUUCUGGUACAGAGACAAAGAAAUGGACCCUGAAGGUUGAUGUUAAGAAGGGGACUGAUGCUGUGUAUCUGUGUGCUGCUAUCGUAUGCUGUGCCAAUUAUCAAGCCUAUUUCGGUAAGGGCACCAAAUUAACAGUUCUUGUGCGUGAGGAAAAAAAACCAGACGUAGAAAUCCUGAAGCCCUCUGAAAUCGAGACUGGCUGUAAGAAAAGAGUCACUCUUGUGUGUGUGGCCAAAGACUUCUACCCAGACCAUGUGAGCAUAAGAUGGAGCCUUGGAAACAAUGAAUUAAAAAAAGAUAUAGCGACAGACCCAUAUGCCAUCCAAGACAAAGACACAGAAUUGUUCAGCAUAUCCAGCAGACUUCAAGUCUCUAAAAAAGAUUUCAAACCAAAACACAAUUACACAUGUACAGUGAAAUACUACUAUGAAACAGACAAGUACAUGGACGUAUCCAGCAGUAUCAUUGGAAUUGAAGGUGAUGAAUAUGAGCCAGAAAGCUAUGUGAAUUCUGCACAGUGGAUGAAACUGGCAUACGGUGUGUUCAUCGCUAAGAGUGGACUGUAUGGUCUCGUCGUCUUAGUGUAUGUGAUGAGAAAGGGUUCACCUGGAAAGGGAAUGAACUGCUAUGCAAAACUAGAAUUUGGAGAAGGGACCAAACUGACAGUUCUGGCUGCAGAAAUCACUCUCCCUAAAGUCAAGAUCCUUCCACCUUCUCCAAACGAACUCUGUUCAGAGAACAAGACAGAGAAAUGGUCAACUUUAGUGUGUGUGGCCACAGGCUUUUAUCCCGAUCAUGUGAGUGUGUCCUGGAAAGUGAAUGGCGAGGAAAGACAGGACAGGGUCUCAACUGACGCCUCAGCCCGACAGGACAAGACAACGUUAAUGUACCGUAUCAGCAGCAGAAUGAAAAUUGAUGACAUGGACUGGAUAGAUCCCAAAAAUAACUUCACCUGCACCGUCCAUUUCUUCAACGGAAAGCAAUAUGUCACUGUCGCAAACACCAUAAAUGGUCAAAAAGUGAAGCCUAAAGGAUUGAAACUGCUCGGCUUUGGCUACAUCCUAUUCCUCAGCAAAAGCCUGCUGUAUGCGCUGGUUGUGGCUGGUGUGGUGGGCAAACUCAAGUUUUCAGCGAAGAAGAAACAAUUACCAGAGGACUGAGAUACCUUGAAACUUUGUCAGCGAGAUGCCAGAAGUGACUUUAUUUUUAUUUACAAAUUAUUGACAGUCAGUUCCCUAAAUUGUAUUAUUUGUGUAUAACAUCAAAUCGUUCAUGCAAUUGUUUUUCUUUACUUCAUUUUUUUUAAAGCAUGUACGUUUAAAAUAGAUAGUGACUGGAUAAGAAUGAAUAACUAACAACGAGAGACUAAUUAAGCAACAAGUGAUGUAAACAGUUUUGUAUCCUGUUUUGUGCAAUGACUAAAACAUUCUGCGUUUACGAAAUUCUGAGGCCUUUGUUUUAUGAGAAGCAGAGCAUAUUUUCAUACUGUAUGUGUUUUUUUUUUUUUUUUUUUUGUGGAAAAUCUGAACUUUUGGAAAGUGUGGGUUGUUAUCUUAGUUACGUAAGAAUCUUCCAUUGUAAUAAGAAAAAUAAGACUGCAUACGUGGCCUCUCUCAUAAUGAGUUCUAAAGCUUUUCUUAAAUUCCUGGAACAAUGCACAUAAAGUAAUAAGAAAAAUGCGGACCGAAAAUAACAGCAACAUCUUGAUUUUGUAAAUACAUCUUUCUUCUGAAAUAAAUAAAUAAAUAAU